AUGAGUAUACAUGAAGCUGUUGAUGGGACAGGGUCUACUGACAUCAAUACAUCUGUGUAUAUGACAGAAGAGGAAGCUAUAACGAGUUGUACAGAAUUUAUGGACCAAUCACCGUCUUUUAAAGUGUGCAAAGACGUUCCAAAUGUUGAUCCUAAUAUUGCCAUCAACACAUGUGUUCUUGAUAUUUUGCUUACUAACUCCACCCAAUGGAUGAUCGACGCGAGAGAAGGUAUUAAAGGAAAAUGUUUAGCUGAAGUCAGGGUCAAUGCAACUCUUCAAAACGAGACAGAAAGCGGUGGGGCUUCCAUAGCUGAAAUAGUUAAAAAUAUUUCGUGUAUCAACGAUUGCUUAGGGAAAGGAAAAUGUCAGAACGGUAGUUGCGUGUGUGAGAUGGGUUUUGGCGGAGGCGACUGUGGGAUAGAUUUAUCCAUUCCACCAAUCAUCUAUGGUAUUGUAGACAGUGGACUAUGUGACCUUGAACUACUAUCAUGUACAUCAGCGAACUUGGAGGGUGACGGUUUUACCAGCGAAGGGAAUCCAACUUGUAGAAUGCGGACAUUUCAUUUACUAAAAUCUUAUUAA